ACGAAACUGAUUUUGAAUAAUUUUCUCUAAUGGGCAACGAUUUCUGAGGAUGAGGGUUACCCACAUCCCCCUUCGUUUGACGCCUUUCACCUCUAGGGUUUCAUCUCCGCUCCAUCAAUCCCGGCGGGUUCUAAGGUUUCCGGCCACCGUUAACCACUGCACCAUACCCCUCCGGCAAGAACGAAUUGCAGUAUACAGAAUCUGUCUCUUUUGAUUGGAAGAUUGUGUAAUAAAUGGCAAUGUCAGUAUGCAAAUGAGCAUAUGCCAGAUGGAAGCAGUGAUUUUGCAGUCCAGAUUAUUGACAAUAGCGAAUUAUAGCUCCAAAGGAUCAUGUCUUACUAAUAUGCCUUGCCUACUCCAUUACUGGGGCCGUGAGGCUUUCUUUAAUGGACACAAUUCGAGCCCUUUCCUGAAGUCUGCACUUUUUCCUCGAAAAAGUUUCCAGACGAGUAGACAUCUCAAAAAAUUAGCCUUUGCAUUAGAUACAGGUGGGGUAUCUAGUAACGGUGGGGGAGACAAAGUCGAUGAUGGUGAUGACUCCAAUCUGGGUCGUACUAGAUUAGGCAGGCUAGUUAGCUCAGGUGCCAGACAGUUGCUGGAAAAGCUUAACUCAGCAAGAAAGAACUUCCCUACAAAGAUAUUUUUGCUUCUUUUGGGUUUCUACACAGCAAAUGCACUUGCUACAAUUCUUGGGCAGACGGGUGACUGGGAUGUUUUGGUUGCUGGUGUAGUGGUUGCUGCCAUCGAAUGGAUUGGUAUACUCAUGUACAGGAAGCCUCCACCUCUAUUAACUAGGAGGUUGAAAUCAUUUAUUGCGAUGGUAAACUACUGGAAAGCUGGCGUGUGCUUAGGCCUCUUUGUUGAUGCGUUCAAAUUGGGGAGUUGAAAGAUGUUGCUUCCUCAAUUGAAAUAGAAAAAAAGAGGUAAUUCUUUUUACCUUAAGAGGAAAAUAACUUCUGUACAAGGCAGGGAUUUUUAUUCCAUUUAUGUUACUUUUGUAACUGUGUAAUCUUGUAGUUAUCUGUUUUAGGUUGUUUCUGUACAAUAAUCCUCUGCAAUUUCCAUCUUUUUAAUAAGAAAUUUUAGUAAUUAAUCCA